ACUUGUGGGGAGAAGUAAGCUACUCGCUUGAGCUCGGCUUCCGCAGGGCCAAUCGUCUCAAUUCCCGUGCCGAUCCCCCGGACCCCAGGCCGAAGCUCCAGCGUCUCGGGGUAACGGGGUAACGGGGCAACGGAAUGCGGGGGGACGUGCCGCGGCUUUCACCCUGAUCACGGUCACCAGAAUGCCGCCAUACUGGCAAGAAUUAGUGUUUGACGAAACUGAAGCUGUUAAGGUCGGCUUGUAACCGCCAGGCCAAAUAACUAGGUGUCCUUCCCCCAGCCUCGUGCCAGCAUCAACGCCCCCUUCGACGAUCGACUUCCUGUGUAGACCGCUGCUUGGCUUGCACCAUGGACCUUACGCAGGACGAAGUCCACCGCCAGUCCCUGGCCGACCCCGAGGGCUUCUGGGGCCGCCAGGCAGAGCACCUCCACUGGCACAAGAAGCCCGCGGCUGCGCUCACGCGCACGACCAAGCGUCUCAGGACGGGCGAGACGCACGCCCACUGGGAGUGGUUCCCGGGCGGCGAGAUCUCGACGUGCUACAACUGCGUCGACCGUCACGUCCUCGCCGGCCACGGCGACCUGCCCGCCAUCCUGUACGACAGCCCCGUCACCAACACGAAGCAGCGCAUCACCUACCAGCAGCUGCUCGACGAGGUCGAAGUCUUCGCCGCCGUCCUCCGGGAGGAGGGCGUCAAGAAGGGGGAUGUCGUGCUUGUCUACAUGCCCAUGGUCCCCGCCGCGUUGAUCGGCAUCCUCGCCAUCAACCGGCUGGGCGCCAUCCAUGCCGUCGUCUUCGGGGGCUUCGCCGCCAAUGCACUCGCCCAGCGCAUCGAGGCGUCGCGGCCGGUUGCCAUCCUGACGGCCUCGUGCGGCAUCGACGGCAACAAGCCGCCUAUCCCCUACCGCGUCUUCGUGGAGGAGGCUAUCCGCAUCUCGUCCUGGAAGCCGCCAAAGACUAUUGUCUGGCAGCGCGACGAACUUCCCUGGCGCCCCAUCCGCAAACUGGAGGGCCAAAGGAAGUGGCAGAACCUGGUCAAGAGCGCCCGCGCCCGGGGCAUGAGGGCCGCGUGCGUGCCCGUCAAGUCGACAGACCCUGUCUACAUCAUCUACACCAGCGGCACGACGGGUCUGCCCAAGGGUGUGGUGAGAGAGGCUGGCGGCCAUGCUGUCGGCCUCCACCUCUCCAUCUCCUACCUGUUUGGCAUCCACGGCCCAGGCGAUGUGAUGGGCUGCUUCAGCGACAUCGGCUGGGUCGUCUCCCACAGCUACACGCUCUACGGCCCUCUCCUGGCCGGCGCCACCACCGUCCUCUACGAGGGCAAGCCCGUCGGGACCCCGGACGCGUCCGCGUUCUGGCGCCUAGUAGAGGAGUACAAGAUCAACUCCAUGUUCACGGCGCCGACCGCGCUGCGGGCGAUCCGCAAGGACGACCCGGACAACUCGCACAUCGCCCUCAUCGGCCAGCGCGGCGGCUUGCGGAGUCUCAGGGCCCUGUUUCUCGCCGGCGAGCGGUCCGAGCCGGCCAUCAUCACCAUGUAUCAGGACUUGCUCAACAAAUACGCCGCCGACAACGCCCUCGUGGUCGACAACUGGUGGUCGUCAGAGUCGGGCUCGCCCAUAUCCGGCAUCGCCCUGGCGCCACACGCAGCCAAGAACAGACGGGUUGGCCUCGAGGGCCACCGGCCCCUCGGGAUCAAGCCAGGAAGUGCAGGGAAGGCAAUGCCUGGGUUUGAUGUCAGGGUCGUCGACGAUGACGGCCGCGAGGUCGCCCGCGGCAAGAUGGGCAACAUCGUCCUGGCGCCGCCGCUGGCGCCGACCGCCUUCCGCACGCUCUGGGAGGACGAGGACCGGUUCUACCGGGGCUACCUGAAGCGCUUCGGCGGCCGGUGGAUCGACACGGGCGACGCCGGCUGGAUCGACGACAGCGGCUACAUCCACAUCAUGGCGCGGUCGGACGACAUCAUCAACGUCGCCGCGCACCGCCUCAGCACCGGCGCCCUCGAGCAGGCCAUCACCUCCCACCCGCUCGUGACCGAGGCCUGCGUGGUCGGCCUGCCCGACCCGCUCAAGGGCCACCUGCCGUUUGCCUUCGUCAUCACCACCACUACUCCCACCACCCCCAACUCGUCAUCUCCAUCCCCAUCAUCCGCCGCGGCAGCACCCCCCGACGACGCGCAGCUCUUCGCCGAGCUACAGACCCUCGUCCGCACCCAGGUCGGCCCCAUCGCCACGCUCGGCGGCAUGAUCCGCGGCACCACGUCAACGACCAUGUCGACGACAUCGACCAUGAUGAUCCCCAAGACGCGCUCCGGCAAGACCCUGAGGCGGGUGCUGCGCGAGCUGGUGGAGAACGCGGUGCGCGGGGAGGUGGACAAGGAGGUCGCCGUGCCGUCGACGGUCGAGGACGCCGGCGUCGUCGAGGUCGCGCGGGAGAUGGUUAGGCGGUAUUUUGAGGGGAGGAAGAGGGAAGGGGGGGUUAAGGCUAGGCUUUGAGUUGAGAGUUGAGGUGGUGCGUUUCUCU